CUGCUUGUACUCUCUCUCUCGCUCUCUCUCUCUCUCUCUCUCUCCAGCGAACUCCAUCAAUUUGAGUGAAUGGCAAGCACCGGCGGCGGCGGCGCUUCGAAUCAGUCAGUUGGCGGCGGUGGUGGGUCAUCUCAUCCGCCUCCUCCUAAAAUCCUAUUAGCCAAGCCUGGCCUCGUCACCGCCGGCAAGUUCACCCGCGGCGGAGCAUCCGCCGAUGACGAUUCAGUCUCCAUUCGCUCUCGUCUCCCUUCCGUCGGUUCUCUCAACCUAAUUUCUGAUUCCUGGGACUUCCACACCGAUCGCAUCCUUCCCUUUCUGACGGAUAAUACUGAUUUUACGGUGAUUGGGGUGAUCGGACCACCUGGGGUAGGGAAGUCGACGAUAAUGAACGAGCUCUAUGGCUUUGAUGGAACUUCACCUGGAAUGUUGCCGCCAUUUGCGAUACAGUCAGAGGAAACCAGAGCAAUGGCUAGGCACUGUUCUGUUGGCAUUGAACCACGGAUUUCGGCUGAACGGAUUAUACUUCUUGAUACGCAGCCUGUAUUUAGUCCUUCUGUUUUAGCUGAGAUGAUUAGACCUGACGGCUCAUCCACAAUCUCUGUAUUAAGUGGUGAAUCUCUAUCUGCUGAGUUGGCUCAUGAAUUGAUGGGUAUCCAGCUUGGUGUUCUCCUGGCAUCAAUUUGUCAUAUAAUACUGGUGGUAUCAGAUGGAGUACACGAUAUUAACAUGUGGCGUUUGAUGUUGACGGUGGACUUGUUGAAGCAUGGCAUACCUGACCCAUCUUCUCCCACACUUUCCCAUUCACAGACCUCUAGCCUGGGUUCUGAAAAAGAAAGCAAAGAUAAAAUUCAGGAGGCUGGAGAAGGGUAUAUGGCAGCUCCAGUUUUUGUACAUACGAAGCUGCAGGACCAAGAUCUUUCUCCUCAUAACUGCAUGCAACUAAAGAAAGCCCUCGUGCAAUAUUUCAGAUCCUCUUCUUUCAAGCUAACUAAAUACCAAAAUGCAGCCAAAGAUCAUCACUUCUCUUCUGUCUCUCUCAAUAACCAGAGCAACAAUCCAGACUCAACACUGCCAAACUUAUUUCUAAUCCCAUUUAAGAGUAAAGAUGACUCCCCAAGGGCACAGUAUGAAAGUUUUAUUUCUACAUUAUGGAAAUUACGGGAUCGGGUUUUAUCCACGAGUAGCCCAUCUUUUGCGAGGACGGUGUCUGAACGGGACUGGCUUAAGAACUCUGCCAAGAUAUGGGAACUGGUGAAAAACUCUUCAAUAAUUGCAGAGUAUAGCAGAACACUACACAGUUCUGGCAUGUUUAGGCGGUAGUUGUGAACUCUCUCUCCUCUAUUUAUCGUGCCAAUGGAAACAUUGUCACAAUGUUGAUCGUGUAGUUUGGAUUAUGGUUUUUGACAAUCCAACAAGCUGGUUUGACUAUUUGUGGAAGUACCUUUUUUUUCUUUUCUUUCCCGUUCUUUUCCUGUUUGACUAUCUGUGGAAGUACCUUUUUUUCUUUUCUUUUCCUGUUACUUUUGUUAACGUUCUAAGGCCGAGUCCUUAUAAGUAGAAAUUUGGGUUUCGUUACGUGAUUCAAA